GUGACCCCGUUUCGUGUCUGCAGGAUGCUAGUAAACAAAUGCAGUAAAAACACCAGAAGCAGCUGACCGAUUCCACCAUGAUGAAAACUUGCUGUUUCUGUUGGAAUCUCAAACAAGGCAGCAUAGCCAGCGGGAUUUGGACUCUGGUCCUUGCUGUGUUAGAAUGCUUGGUUACAAUUUAUAGGACAGUGUUGGCUCUAAUGAUAGGAGAUAAGAGUCUACAGACCAUGGAGUAUGUGGUGUUGAUCAUAGGAUCCAUACUCUGGUUGUUCUGGAUUGUGUCCUCAGUUCUUACAAUAGUUGGUGCAGUACAGGUGAGCUUAGAGAUUGACCUUCAGAUUUUUUUUCUCUCUUUUUUUAUGUACAGACACAGAUUUUUGUGUACACAUAGCCGUCACCUGCACCUGUUGUCACAGUAGCUGUCUUCGGUCGCCGUCAUUGUUGUUGCCAUGCACUUUCAGGGGUAAAACAAUAAGUGGAAAAACAUUUUACC